AUGCGGUACUGCUGCGUGCCCUUUUGCACCUCGAGCCAGCGCAAGAAGCAGCCUGGCGUUUCAUUCCACGAGAUACCUGCAGAUGCGACACUCCGGGAACAAUGGCUCAAAGUUAUAUCAAGAAAGAAUUGGCAGCCAAAGUCUACAUCCAAAUACUCAGCUGUCUGCAGCCUUCAUUUUCUCGAUGCGGACUUUCGCGAAGACACCAAGAGACGCAUGCUGAAGCCAGGUACUGUGCCCAGUGUUUUCCCACAAUACCCUUCUUACCUCAGGCCAGCACCGUCGAAGCCGCGAGGUGAGAGAACCAUUGCAAAAAGGAAACGCGAAUGUUCACCAACGAAAUCAGCUUCGAAUGACGCGUCUGAAAAUCUCACUCGUGUUCGUUCAACGCAGCAGAAUGUGUCGGACUCAACGUUGUCCGUUGAUUGCGUGGAUGUGCCCAUGUCUGACAACAGCAGCGUCGCCUCUCAGGACUUCAUGCAACAAUGCUGCACGUCCCGUGCCUGCGAAAAUUCCGAUGAGAGGCCUGAUCCGAAUAGCGCAGAGAGAAUGCUACAUCCCGGCCAGACCGCAUACGCCAUGAGAUCUUUUGGCACGCAGACCAACGACCGAAGUUCGUCAGCGGCUUUCUUACAGAGCAAAAAGUGGCGUGAGAAAGAAAAGGCCUUAAAGGCACAGAAUGAGAGGUUGCGCUCAACGGUUGACGCGUACAAGAAGGAGCUUGAACGAUUGAAGGAGGAGUGCCAUGUCAGCAAAUUUCUUCACGUCGUCAAAGACUCGGAGCUUGCGUUCACGAAGGCCAAAAUUAUUUUGGAUCAAGUGAUUAAUUAUAAGGCCAAGAAGCCUAUAUGGUCUGAAACAACUAUUAGGCAAUGUACUAUUUUGCGCCACCUCUCAGCGAAAUCUUACGAACAUAUGAGAACUGAGAACCUGCUCUCCUUUCCGUGCAGAAAUACUCUGAGGAAAUACCUCGGAAGUUCAUCAGGAGAGGUUGGAUUUAGUGAACUUGUCAAGAGAAGGCUGAGUGCAGAGCUGGAAUGUCUCACAGCACCCCAAUCAAAACUAUGUAGCCUCGUGGUAGAUGAAAUGCGCAUUCGACAGAAGCUCGAGUACCACAAGCAACGAGAUGCAAUUCUUGGAGACAUUGACCUGAGUGCCGACGUCAAUCAUCUUUUGCCAGCUUCUGAUAAGGGUCAGCUUGCAAAUUCCCUCUUGUGCUUCUUGCUGUGUGGACUACAUGCAAGCUUCAAGAUUCCAGUGGGGUACUUUUUUACGAAGGGGUGUUCCGGGGAAUUGCUUGCUAAGACAGUACAGCACGUUAUUAGGAAAACAGAAGAGGUGGGGUUCAGAAUUGUACGCCUAGUAACGGACAACCACAAAGUCAACGUUGCAGCAAUGGAGACGAUGUCACAGGGGCAUCUUCAAACCAAGAUACGCCACCCGGCUGACCCUUCAAGGUACCUGUUUUUAGCCUUUGAUCAGAGCCACAUUAUCAAAAACAUUCGCUCACAGUUCUUGUCAAAACAAAUUGGAGGUCAACAGGAAAUAUCUGCUGUCUAUCUUAAGGACCUAUACAGGAUGCAGCAAGGCUCCUUGGUCAAACCAGUCAGUUUUCUCACAAGAAAACAUGUAUAUCCGACAAACAUUGAGAAGAUGGGUGUGAGAAGAGCAAUACAGAUUUUUUCACCACCUGUAACAGCUGCUCUGAGCUUCUUGAAGGACCAAGCAGGGCACACAUGUGAUACCAAGUUUGCAAAUGUUGCACCUACAGUGGAGUUUAUGACGAACAUGCACAGGUGGUUCGUUCUAAUGGAUGUGAGCAACUGCGAGCAGCAUAUUCACCAGAACAACCCGGACACCAGGCAGUUUUCAGACGCAGAAGAUCCCAGACUUCACUGGCUGGAGCUCGUCUUUCUCGAGUACCUCGAAAUGCUAAAGGAAGCUAGUUCACCUGAAAAUUUUCUCACCAAGGAGACCUACCAUGCCCUAGUUUUCACCACAGUUUCCAACGUGCAAUGCAUACAGUUUCUGCUGAAUGAGUGCGACUUCACCACGCCCCAGCUCUUGGCAGAGAAUGCUUAG